AUGGUGGGAUCAGGUUCUGCAGGUGGAGAUUUACGAACUCCACAGUUCAAUGGUUCAAACUAUGAUUUUUGGUCAGUAAAUAUGGAGACUAUCCUCAUAGCAUAUGAUCUAUGGGAUGCAGUGGAGAUUGGAAUACGACCACAGCCGAUUAUUGAGCAGGAAGCAGGCUCUGAAGAUGAACUCUUUCCACGCAUCAGAAAUGAGAAGACUGCAAAAGGUGCUUGGGAAAUUCUAAGAAGUGAGUUCAGAGGAGAUAAAAAGGUAAGAGCUGUGAAACUACAAGCUAUUAGAGCUGAUUUUGAAUAUUUGAGAAUGAAUGAUGUUGAAUCUCUGGAUGACUACUUGGCUCGAUUUUUUGAAACUGUAAACAACCUGAAAUCUCUAGGAGAAGAUGUAACAGAGAAAAGGAUUGUUCAAAAAUUGUUGAUGAGUCUAAGUAGGAGGUACAAGUCCAUAGUGUCAAUCAUUGAAGAAACCAGAGACCUUGACACUAUUAGAGUUGAAGAAAUUCUUGCAUCUGUCAAAGUCUAUGAUAAGAGAGAGGAUCUACAUGAUGAAAGGGAUAAAUUGGCAGGAACUGAGAAAGCUUUUAGCAGUCUUAGAGUUGGAAAUAAUCAAGCUUCUGGAGCUAACAAAAGUUCUCAGGGAAAGCAAAAUCAAAAAUGGCAAGGACAGAACAAAAAGGGCUCAAAUUGGUCUCAAGGUGGAAACUUUAACAACAAUAAUGGCUCAAAUUGGAAUAAUGGCUCUGGAGGGAAUUGGAACAACAGUUUCAAUUCACAAAACAAGCAAGGAAGUAGUAGUCAAGGAGGUGUGAAACCACAGUGCCAAGUCUGUCAGAAGUUUCAUUUUGGUGUGUGCAGGCACAAAGGCAAACCUAGAUGUGGAAAAUGCAAUAGGUUUGGUCAUUUAACUAAGGACUGUGACAAUGGCAAACAAGUUGCAAACUGUGCAAAGGAGGAAGAGGUAACCACAGAAACAAUGUUCUAUGCUUGUCAUGCAAGUUCAAUUGCAUCAAGCAGGUCUGUGUGGUUUGUUGACAGUGCUUGCAGCAACCACAUGACCUCUCAAGAGUCCUUGUUGAUCAAUCUUGAUAAAUCAGUGACCCGCAAAGUGAAAAUGGGCACUGAUGAUCUUGUUCAAGCCACAUGA